AUGGUCGACGAUACAGACGACAUGACUUCAUCCGCCAACGCCCGCGAGGACACCGUGAAACUUAGGAAAUAUCGAUCAUCUUCACGGAAGGACGCACUUCAACAACUGCUUGUGGAUGGCAAGAUCAACAUGAGCGAAGUCGCCUCGUGGAGUCAGGUUUUUGAAAUUGACUGUGAUGAUCUCUCUGCAUUCGACGCACAUGUUACGGAUGCCAGAAACAUAGAUGUCAACACUUCACUAUCGAACAGGCCAAACGCUGUAUUGCAGCCGAGGAGGACCUAA